CGACUGACAUUACCCCCUCCACUCCUUCUAUCUCACUUCGAGAUCGACUACGGUGCACUGUAAUCUGCAGUUCGAAGUGAACUGAAACUCUGAGCAUGUGGCUCGUCAACACUGACAGCUUGGCGUUGAAAGAGGUGUCGGAGCCUUCCUCGAUCAAGUAUGCCAUCCUGUCGCAUACCUGGGAGGACGACGAGGUGACCUUUCAGGACUUUCAAGACGUCGAACAAACUGGGGCGAGGUAUAAAUCCGGGUUCUCCAAGAUUGAGAAGACAUGUGAGCUUGCGCGCCAACGAGGUCUCCAAUAUGCGUGGGUGGACACUUGCUGUAUCGACAAAUCGAGCAGUGCAGAACUAAGCGAAGCUAUCAAUUCCAUGUUCUCAUGGUACAGGGAGUCCACCGUCUGCUUUGUUUUUCUGUCAGACUUGCCGGCGUCCGAGAGAUUGAUCGAACAAGUGGACUUGUCAUCUAUCUUUCCCUACGCUCAAAAGACAUUUGCUGCCUGUCGAUGGUUCACUCGAGGCUGGACUUUACAAGAGCUCAUUGCUCCGAGCGAGGUGGAAUUCUUCGAUUCACAAUGGGGAUGGUUCUCUCGAAAAGCCGAUUGCCUCGAUAAGCUGGAAGAAAUUACCGGCAUACGUCGCUCAGUCCUGGAGUCCUCCUCAAACCUACGGCAGACUCCGAUAGCGGUUAAGAUGUCCUGGGCAGCAUCUCGGAAGACGAAACGUGUUGAGGACCGCGCCUACUCUCUUCUCGGCAUUUUUAAUAUCAAUAUGUCAAUGAUAUACGGCGAAGGAUCCAAGGCUUUCCGUCGCCUUCAAGAGGAAAUAUCCCGGGAGACGAACGACCUGUCCCUGUUCGCGUGGAGGGGCCCUGCCCAAGAGGAUGCGGGAUAUCAGAGGUUCAGGGGCAUCUUCGCGAGGUCUCCAAGCGAAUUCAGCACCUGUUCAACAUUGCAAAGAUCUGGCACCAAACAGGACUCACAAAGCGAAUUUACUCUCACCAACAAAGGUGUCCGGUUUGAGACGAAGUUAUACAAGCAUGCACAGGGCGCGUACGUCAUGUAUCUGGGGUUUAACAUGCGAGAAAACACACCAGUCUGCAUCAUUCUCACACGCACAGCAGAAGGUUUCAUUCGCAGCGAACCUUGGUCGUUGAUAUAUGAGCACUCCUGGAGCCUGUCCAGGAUUCACAACACUUUCACGAUCCAUGUCCAAAAGGACGUCAGCGUUCAUGAAGAUGCCCUCUUCUACAGGCAGAGGCACAGGUCAUUUCACAUCAACAUAAAUCUUCAGACAUCUCUCAAGCUUGAACAGCUUGAGUCGUAUCCGGAAUAUCCGUGGGACGAGGUCCAUUCAAAUUUUAUCUCCAGCAAUCCUGAAGAAUCGUAUGCUGCCAGGCUGAAGUUCUUAAUCCGCGAUACCGACAGUAACUUCGACGAAACCUUUCCUCUGACUCUGACGUUGGGAUGGGCCAGUUCGCAUCAACAGCCCUUCGCUGUACUUUACGGUUCUGAAGGGUUGGUGAACACUGCCAAGCUAGCGAUCAGGAACAUCCUCCCGGACAGCUUCCCAGACCUUGUUAAAGACGAUUUAUACUGGGGCAGUUCGUAUGAAGAGAGCUUCGAAAAGGCACUCUCGAGGAUUUAUACGAACCCUCAAUUUCAAGCUACGGAGCUUUCGUCGCUACAUUCAGGGUCGAGUUAGAGACGCAGCGGGAUCACAACAAUAUAAUCACCUACCAUGCUUCUCUUUCUGGUAAGAUCUCGAAAGUGGAGGGUCGCACUGCCAUGUUGGCUUUGAGAUCAACAUGAUCAAAUUCAAGUUGAUGGUCGAGAUUUGUGUGUUCUAUGUCGCUCGAUUUCCUGUAAAACUAAUCUUACCUAAGGUUGAUAUGUCAUUUUCUGAGGGCGAAGUAUAAGGUGACUAGCUAUCUCUACAGUAAAUAAGAAGGACACCGUCUCCGGUGUUCGGGAUAUCAACUUAGACAUUCUGAUGAAUAUUCAUCGC